GCGCCCAGCUGAUUAUGUAAACAAACGUAGACGUAGACUCUUCACUAGUCGCUUUGUGGCUAUUUUUCCGGAAAAUGCCUUCGCCAGGGUGUAAAACGGAAACGCGCAUCCCGGAUGUGAAUCUGCGCUGAAUAAUCUCUGCAAAGGUCUCCGACAGGCCGUCAUAUUUUCGCUAAUUUUCUAUAUAUUUCGACGUCUGGUGUACCUGAAAAGGCAACGAAGUGAAAAUCUUGGUUGAUAUGCACCCUAAUUAUUGUAAAUUCGACAGUGCCGUUAUUUCAUAAAAUAUUUUUUCGCUUUGGAAAAUUGAUAUUCUGACGUGUUUACAUCGGAAGGACUCCCUUUCCCUCUCUGAAUGGUACAUGUCUUCAGUUCGAAGUACUGGUAACAGUGAUGUUUCCACGCAUCUGUCGCUGAGAAAAAAGCAACAAAAUCCACAAUGGCUGGAACGAUCAAGAAAUUGGAUGAGACGGUAGUAAACAGAAUAGCUGCCGGGGAAGUCAUUCAAAGACCGGCAAAUGCUCUCAAAGAAAUGAUAGAAAACAGCUUGGAUGCCAAGUCAACCUCCAUUCAAGUGACAGUCAAAUCAGGAGGAAUGAAACUACUUCAGAUACAAGACAAUGGGACUGGUAUAAGGAAAGAUGACAUGGACAUCGUCUGUGAAAGGUUUACAACAAGCAAGCUGAGAGAGUUCAAUGACCUUACAAGCAUCAGUACAUACGGCUUCCGAGGAGAGGCAUUGGCAAGUAUCAGUCACGUUGCUCAUGUUACCAUAGUAACAAGAACAGAGGAUUCUAAAUGUGCUUACAAGGGAAGCUUCUGCGAUGGUAAGCUGAAGGCAGCAGUCAAGCCGUGUGCCGGUAACAGAGGAACACAAAUUACAGUGGAGGAUCUCUUCUACAACGUGGCUACGAGAAGGAAAGCACUGAAGAGCGCAAGCGAGGAACACAACAAGAUCUCAGAAGUCGUCUCCAGAUAUGCUAUUCAUAACGCUGGUGUGGCCUUCACUCUUAAAAAGUCCGGGGAGAGCACAGCUGACGUACGAACUUCCCAGAAUGCAUCUACAGUCGAUAAUAUUCGUAGUGUCUUUGGUCCUUCUGUCGCAAGAGAACUUCUAGAAAUCAACCACAAGAACAGCAAUUUGGCGUUCACUCUGACGGGUCAGAUCUCUAACGCAAACUACUCAGUCAAGAGGCUCAUCUUUCUUUUGUUUAUCAACCAUCGUUUAGUUGAUUCCAGCAGUCUUCGGAAGGCCAUUGAAGCAGUGUACAGCACCUACCUGCCCAAGAACACGCAUCCCUUCAUCUACUUCAGCCUUGAGAUUGCCCCUCAUAAUGUCGAUGUCAACGUCCAUCCGACCAAACACGAAGUCCACUUCCUCCAUGAGGAGGCUAUCAUCGAGGACAUUCAGAAAUGCCUGGAACAGAAACUCUUAGGAUGCAAUUCAUCAAGAACAUACUUCACUCAGGCAUUGCUACCCGGAUCAAACCUCUCCAUUGCUGAAGAUGGAGAUAAGUCCAAGGACACUUCAAAAGGUCCCAAGUCGAGCUCUUCGGACCAAGUCUACGCCCAUCACAUGGUCCGGACGGACUCCAAGGACCAGAAACUAGAUGCCUUCCUCCAGGCAGCUCCUUCCACCAAGCCAUCAUCAUCCUCCUCUUCAUCUGAAAAUCAUCCUGAUAAAGGUGUCAUUGAUAGAGGCGUGGCCGGUAGCAGGGGCGUGGUCACCGAUAGUGGUGCUACUGGCGACGAGGGAGUUCAACGACCAGUGGUGGAAAUUCCGUCCCCUGCUCUGCCGCAAAGAAGGAAUGACGGUGAUGGGCCAACAUUGCCUAGGAAAAGGCCACAUUCAGAAGUGGGUAGUGAUGUUGAAGGUCCCCCAUCCAGGCCAGGACCCAGUGACAAUGACCAGGAACCUGAGUCUAGAUGCUCCAAGCUUAAACGGAAAGAGAUCCAGCUAACCAGUGUCCUUGAGAUUCAGAAGGAGAUAGAAGCUAACGCACAUGAUGAUUUACGAGAUCUUUUGAAGCAGCAUACAUUUGUUGGAAUAGUGGAUGCAGAGUAUGCGUUGAUACAGCAUAAAACCAAACUAUAUCUGGUCAACACUGUUAAACUCAGCCAAGAACUCUUCUACCAAAUGAUGUUAUACGACUUCGGCAACUUUGGACUUAUGAGAUUAUCAAAUCCUGCACCAAUCUUUGAGUUAGCGAUGAUUGCCUUAGACACAGAGGACAGCGGAUGGAGCGAGAGCGAUGGCCCCAAGGAUCAGCUAGCCCAGUACAUAGUAGACUUCCUCAAGACGAAAGCGCAGAUGCUCAAUGACUACUUCAGUGUUGAGAUUGAUGAGGAAGGGAAUCUCUGUGGCAUUCCUCUAGUGUUGGACAAGUACAUCCCUGACAUGGAAGGACUCCCUAUGUUCAUCUUGAGAUUAGCCACAGAGGUGGAUUGGGACUCUGAAAAAGAAUGUUUUCAGACAUUCGCCAAGGAGUGCAGUCUGUUCUACAGAAUACAGAAGAACUUUAGGCUGGCAGAUACCAGAGGAGAUCAUGGCUCGAACUCAGAUGCUGACAUGCCUUCUUACAACUGGAGGUGGACCAUUGAGUUUGUCAUCUAUCCCACCCUCAAGUCAACCCUGCUGCCACCCAAGAGAUUUGCAGGAGAUGCUAGCAUCCUACAGGUGGCCAAUCUACCGGACCUGUACAAAGUCUUUGAGAGAUGUUAACAAGAACUUUGAAGAUGCGACUUCAGUUUAGCCUGAUUCCUUUUACCAGGUUUGCUGCAGAUGCUAAUAUCCUCUAGAUGGUCAAGCUACCAGACUUUACAAAGACUUUGAGAGAUGUUAACAAGAAAUUUGAAGAUAAUCAGUUCAGUCUAGUUGGUUCUCCUAGCAGGUGUGCAGGAGAUGCUUGCAUCCUCCAGAUAGCUAAUCUUCCAGACCUCUCGAAAGUUUUUGGGAGAUGUUAACAAGAACUUUAAAGAUGUUACUUCAGUCUAGCCUGAUUGCUUUAACCAGGUUUGCAGGAGAGGCUACUUUCCUCUAGAUAGUCAAUCUACCGAACAUUUGCAAAGUCUUUUAAAGAUCUUAUCAAGAUCUUCUGAUUAAUCUUUGAGCUACCCUGACAUUUCACAAGGGAUUUGCAGGAGAUGCUUGCAUCUUCCAGACACCCAAUCUACCAGACCUUUACAAAGUCUUGAAAAAAAGAUUGACAAGAACUUCUGAUGUAUUUUCAGUCUAACCUUCUUUCUCCAAAGAGAUUUGCAUGAGAUGCUAAACUCCCUCCAGGUAGCCAAUAUACCGGACCUUUACACAUUCUUUAAAAAAAAAAAGAUGUUGACAAGAACCUCAAAGAUGUAUCUUCAGUCGGUGUGCAUGCAGCUGCAAUGUAUAUAAACCCAGUUACUCAGAAAUGACAGUCAAACAGCACUUUUUAGAAAAUUGACAAAUUAAGAAUGCUGAUGUACUACACGUUUAUGUGCCUUGAUACCAAUGUAUUACACAGUUGCUAUGCUGCCCUCAUGUGGAGAUUGUUUGCACAUGUAGAGUUGCCAGAUAUAUUGGAAAAUGGAAAGCACUUGGUGUAAAGCACAUGGUACUACAUGUUUACUCAGAUUAAUCUGCAUUUCCUGGUUUUAUUUGGUCUCAUAUGGGAACAUUUUAGGCCACCGCACACCUUGCGAUUGGUCUGCGACCCGAUUUUGGAAUAAAACACAGAUGAACUUGAUGCUAAUAUUGAAACAUGGAAUAUCUUCUACUGUAUGUAUUGUUCUAAAUCUUUGUACGAAUACCUAUGUUUAAAUCUGUGACUAUGCUAUCAUCCUUAUUAGAAUACAUGUAAAUGCAAAUUGAAUAUCUAGUCUUAAGGACAUCAUAGCAAUCAUACGAUUGGCUACGAUUUGAAACUAAUUUGGGCUUUACUCUAAAAUAAACUUAAGGCUUCCAAUCAUCUAAAAUUAUUAUGUUAGUAUUCUAUCACUUGGAUAUGAUCCUCAAUUAAGAUAAUUUUCCAGCGAAUGUGUUUUUAUGAAAUGCAAAGUUGCUAGCAUAGCAAGUAAAGGCUGUUAUUCUACCAGAGUUGCUAUGAUAGCAACUUGCUAUGAUAGCAACUCUUUAUGAAAUGGGCCCCAGGUUGCAAGGUGGUUCCUGACGUCUGGGUUUUAAAACUCUGGAAAUGAUUUCCACAGGGUCAGCCUUGCAUGAGAAACUGAAACCAGAACUUAUUAUAGGAGCAGAGGUUGGAAAUAUUAAGGUUUGUGCCAAGUAGUCUAUCUUAUAGUAAAAUCCAAAAUGAAAAUGAAAAUCCAUAUUUUAUUGUUCGAAAUAGACAUGAAAUGAAAUACUCCGAAAAUUUGCUUUGCCCAAUUGAUCGUGGGCCUGGCAGCCGCUGUGCAGCGCCAGAUCGACGAGGCUCGAUCCCUUUAAUUGUUGAACGCCAAACAGGGUAGCAACAACUCCCAACUUUUAACGCAUUUUGGUCUGACGCGGCCGGGGUUUGAAUCCCCGACCUCCCGGUUGUGAAACGGACGCUCUACCAACUGAGCCAACACGCCGGUACUAUAGAAUGGCUUAAAGUCACAUUCUAGUAUUUCAUAACACCAAAUUUUUAUUAAAAUAUGCAUAGUGAUGAUGUUAGCUUGCACGAUUUUGUAUGAACUUUUACAAAUGUACAAAAGAAAAUAAAAAGCAAAAAACUUUA